ACAAUCUGUCACAGAAGAAGAAAACAAAAACACAGAAGAAAAGUGGGAUUGUAUUUUGAUAGCGCAUAUUCUUUUCUGCAACUUCUUGUGGUGAAAAAACAAUCGACUUUUCGUUUACUUGAGUGAUCUUUAACCAUCUGACCUUUGGAGCGGAAAUAACCCCUGUUGGCGAACGAGUUAAAGCGGCACGGCAGCACCAUGUUGUCGAGAAUAAAAGAUUUUCUCCAUCGACAUCGAAGGAAAUUCAUCACAACCGGCGUCGUUAUCGGUGGCAGUGUCUUCCUGCUGAAAUGGUUACAGUACAAGCUGCGGGAACUGCAGGAACGCCAGGCGAAGGAGAUUGGUGAGAAGCUAAAGCGAAUGCAGCAUUACGAGAGUACCGAUCGUACGUGCAAUCAAACGACGCUCGGGUUGGUACAGGCCAUGUCGAAGCGAGUGUUUCAAAGCCUCAACACCGACGAUAUUCUGUUGAAGCUGCGCACCAAUCCGGGCAACAAGUUGGAACUGUGGGAAGAGCUGCGUAUCGUUGCGUUCACGCGGCUCGUAACGCUCGUGUACAGCGCCUCGAUGCUGGCCGUCACGCUGCGGGUGCAGAUCAACAUCCUUGGCGGGUAUUUGUACAAAGCAACGGUGGAGGAUGAUCAACAAUCGAGCAACCAGCGACAGCAACAGCAACAGACGAUAUCGAAGGAGGUACAAACGGCUUAUCUGUCCCUGAUACAGCACUUUAUGCGGGACGGCCUCGAACGUUUGAUCGAAAUCAUCCGCAAGAACGUGACGACCGUGAUGCAGCGGUACAGCUUAAAGCAGCAGCUCACUUUGGCAGACACGGAAACGCUGCUCUGGUCGAUCGAGAUGGCGCUGAACGAUGAGAAGGGAAAUCCGAUCGAUGCUAUCGCUACGUACACCCUUCCCAAUGCCGACGCUACGCUGACCAGCAGUGACGGCGUUAUCGGCACCAUGUUUCAGGAAACGCUGGAUGUGCUGGAAAGCGUGGAAUCAACGCAAGUGGGCCUCUCGAACGUCAGUAUCGGCUUUUCGAAGAUUAUGGACAAACUGGCCGACUAUUACGUGACGUCUAGCGGGGCUGCCAGCAAAAGCUCCAAAUCGAACCUGAACGUGGAAAGCAUCACCAACAUUAAUGGGAUUAAAAUUUCGCUCGCCAAGCUCAUUCCGAUCGUGAACGGGUUGGCGAGCAACGGGGGACUGUCAGCGAACGCCGACGGAACGGUCAGCAACGGGCUAGUGCCAUCGCUACCGGACGAGACGGACCUGGUGUCGUCAAUGAUUGUGCAUUUUCUGCACUCGGAAAAGCUACGAACGCUCGGGGCCAACGUUUACGAAACAUUCUGCCAGUAACGGCACAGCAGUAGUGUCACAGCUCUAACAUUCUGUAUCAUUUUAGAUGAGUAGAUUUAGUGUUUCCCUAACUAGCUUUAGAGGAAGCCGGGUGAGAUUGCAUACGUACGACAGAGCGUCACAGUAAGAUGAGGCUUCUUUGCGCUUCUAUUGCGAGUCCGGCCGGAGUGGCAGCAGCAAAAGAAAAACAAAACAUACAUACAUACACACAUUCGCUAGCUUAGGUUUUAAUUUGGGAGCAAAGCCUGGGGCCGGGCAGGUAAGGCUUUGAUCAAUAAAUGUGAUGGUUACAGAGUUUCUUUUUUGUUAAGUUGGAAAUAGGUGCGGAUUUUUUUUUGGUCGCGUUUGAUUAAAACAUAAGGGAGGUGGUGUCCGAUAACGGGGAUCUCUUAUCUGCUUAUCAACGGUCAAGUCGUUUAUAAAAGCGGUAUGGUGCAGGUUUUUGGAGUGGUAGUGGCUCAAGAAUAGUGCAAACAUAACGAGACGAAAACGAUCGGAAUAAAAGGGAAAUUUUUAUCUCACA